CUCCAUUUCACCUUCACUCUGUCUUUGCUCAUCUCUGCUUAUCUUGCUCUUGGAACAGAACUCAUCUCCCACCCGUGUUUCCCAGGCCAGGUCUGUGCUGCUGCAUGGGAAGGUGGCAGGAUGGCUCGGAGGAUGAGCAUCAACGAGCUGGAGGACCAGCUCCUCUGUCCCAUCUGCUUGGAGGUCUUCAAGGAGCCCCUGAUGCUGCAGUGUGGGCAUUCGUACUGCAAGUCCUGCGUGGUGUCACUCUCCGGAGAGCUGGACGGGCAGUUCCUGUGCCCCGUGUGCCGCCAAACCGUGGACUGCAGUGCCUCACCACCCAACGUCACGCUGGCCCGCGUCAUUGAGGCGCUGCAGAGCUGGGGUGAGGCAGAGCCCACCCCAGAGUCCUGCCCAACGCACCACAACCCCCUCAGCCUCUUCUGCGAGGCCGACCAAGAGGUGAUCUGCGGGCUGUGCGGCACCAUUGGCAACCAUCGCCAGCACAAGAUUGUCCCCAUCUCUACCACGUACUGCCGGAUGAAGGAGGAGCAGUCUGUGCUGCUGACCGAUGUCCACCAGUACAAGAAGAACCUGGAUGAACACUUCAGCAAGCUCAUCAACAACAAAAGCCGCAUCGCAAAUGAGGCGGAUGUCUUCAAGUGGGUGAUCCGGAAGGAGUUCCAGGAGCUGCACAGGUACAUUGACGAGGAGAAGGCCACCUUCUUGGAGAGCAUCGAGGGGAAGGCAGCCCAGCUCAUCACCUCCAUUGAGUGCCAGGUCAAGCAGACAUCGGACGCCCUGCAGAGGCUUAAGGAGAUGCAGAGCUCUCUGGAGGCACUCGGCAACGAAAACCAGCUUGAUUUCAUCCGUAAAUAUGGCUCCUCCCAGUUCAGGUCAGAGCUCUCCAGCCUGCACCCAAGCGAUGGCAUCUUCAGCCCCGUGACCUUCAAACCAUGUUUCCACCAAGAUGACAUCAAGAUGACUGUGUGGAAGCGCCUGCACCGCCGUGUCCUGCCAGCUCCAGAGACACUGAAGCUGGACCCGGUAACAGCACAUCCCCUCCUGGAGCUCUUCAAAGGUGACACGGUGGUGCAGUGCGGGCUCUACCAGCGCCGGGACAGCAACCCCAAGCGUUUCAACUCGAGCAACUGCAUCCUUACCUGCAAGGGCUUCUCCUGUGGCCAGCACUACUGGGAGGUGAUUGUGGGCACCAGGAACCACUGGCGCGUGGGCAUCAUCAAGGGCACGGUCAGCCGCAAAGGGAAGCUGAGCAAGUCUCCCGAGAACGGCGUUUGGCUCAUCGGCCUGAAGGAAGGGAAGGUCUACGAGGCCUUCAGCACCCCACGGGCCACCCUGCCACUGACCACCCGGCCCCAGCGCAUCGGCAUCUACCUGCACUAUGAGAAGGGUGAGCUGACCUUCUACAAUGCUGACAGCCCUGACGAGCUCAGACACAUCUACACCUUCCAGGCAGAGUUCCAGGGCCAGCUCUACCCCAUUGUGGACCUGUGCUGGCCAGACAGAGGGCCCUACUCCCCCCCCAUCAUCCUGCCCGCGCCUGCCACAAGCCAGCACCCCUGGGCACCAUACAACCAUCCUGCCCCAGAGGAACCCAUGAAGCCAUAGCCUGGCCGGCUGGAUGAAGCUGUGGCCUGAGAGGGCUGUGGCCGAGUCCUGAGAGCCAGCAGCAGCAGAGAGUCAGGCUGCAUGCAGAGUUGUCCUCUGGUGGAAGCGUGGUACUGCAGUGAGCUUUAGCAGCACAGGAGGGUCCUUCCGCUCACCUCCAAAAGCAUAAAAUAUCAGCCUCAAUCUGUGAAUCCCUGUCCCCAGUAUAGCAGGCUGACCCAAAAGCCUAAAUCAUGGCUGGCCUGCGAAGAUCUCCCUAUGGAAAGGAGCGCCUGCCUGAAAAGCGUG